AUGGCAACACACAGUCUCAUCGCCAGAGAGGACCUCAUUUGUCCUCAGUGUACGGAGAUCUACUGCCUCCCCGUUCUCCUGCAGUGUGGACAUAACAUUUGCAAACUUUGCCUGCAGAAGUUCUGGGAAUGGAAAAGAUGCCAAGAGUGUCCGGUGUGUCAGGUUGUGUCCAUCCCAAAAAGGCCUCCUAUCAAUUUGGCGCUGAAGAUAGCAGCCGACCACUACCGCCUGGAGAAGAUGAACGCGGGGCGUUGUCACCUUCACGAGGAGAAGCUGCGUGUUUUUUGUCACAACGACGAGAGGCCCAUUUGUCUAGUCUGCCAAAUGUCCAAAGAGCAUAAAAUCCACGAGUGCUGCCCGCUGGAUGAGGCCGCCAAGCAGAAGAAGGAAGACAUUGCAGCCAGGAUGGAGUUUCUGAAGGAAAAGCUGAAGACCCUGAGCAAGACAAGGGAGACAUGGGAAAAAACCAGGACAUUUAUACAGAGGCAAGCGGAUGAAAACAACAGAGCCAUCAGGGAAGAAUUCCAGAAGUUGCACUUGUUCCUUUUCGAGGAGGAAGAAUCCAGACUUCAGGUGCUGGCGCAGGAAGUGGAGGUGAAGGUCAAAGUCAUGAGCCUAAAACUGGAUUCUAUUGAGAAGCAGAUCAAGAGUCUCGUCUCACUCAUCAGUGACACUGAGACGAGACUGAAGGGGGACGACUUAUCCUUCUUGCUGGACUACAAAGACACCAAGAAGAAGCUCAAAUGCAAUAUUGGAGAACCGGAAAUAAUCAGAGACAUUCUGAUCAACUCUGCCACACAUCAGGCGUCGCUCAAAUUUCAAGUUUGGAAGAAGAUGGAGCGUCUCGUCAAAUAUGUUCCCAUCGCUUUGGAUCCAAACACAGCCCAGGCCAACUUGGAGCUGUCUGAGGAGCUGACCUGCGUUCAGUACAGAAGCCAGCGGGUGCUCCCGGACAACCCAGAACGCUGCACGGGUGCCGUUUGCGUGCUGGGAGCGGGCGGCUUUUUGUCAGGAAAACACAGCUGGACGGUGGACGUGAGUCGGGGCAAAGACUGGUACAUCGGGGUGGUCCAGGAAUCCAUCAAAAGGAAGGGGGCUAUGUCCUUCAAGCCCUCCGAAGGGAUCUGGAUCAUUGGAGGGAUUAUAGGGGACGUCCUGUGGGCUCAGACUUCGCCUCGGACCAGGCUGGAAUGGAAGCAGAAGCCCGAGAGGAUUACAGUGGAACUGGACUACGACAAGGGGAAGGUGGCGUUCAUCAAUGCUGUGGAUUCAAAGACCAUUUUCACAUUUAAAGACAAGUUCACCGAGAGGAUCUUCCCCUACUUCUCGCCUGGGAUUCAUGACGAGGGAAGUGGCUCUUUCCCCCUCACCAUCUGUUCUCAGAAAACCACAAUCACAAUCUCAGAUUAG